CACUAGAGUCCAAUGGCUCAAACAAAUGAGAUAAAGCCCAAACAAAAUGACUGAUAUUGAGCCCUAACACCUCGUCAGGGCUUUUUUACACCGUUUUUUAUAAUAUAAAAAGAAGGUUCUUGCUUCUUCCACUUCUCUGCGAUCACUCUCCUCUCUGUCUUGUAACUGCAGCAGCCAUGGUGCAAGUCCGAUUCUACCGCAACUAUGGCAAAACCUUUAAAAAGCCACGACGUCCUUACGAGAAGGAGCGUCUUGACGCGGAGCUGAAGCUUGUCGGAGAAUACGGUCUUCGCUGCAAGAGAGAGCUGUGGAGGGUUCAGUACACGCUGAGCCGUAUCCGUAACGCUGCGAGAGAGCUUCUCACUCUCGACGAGAAGAACCCUCGUCGGAUCUUUCAAGGUGAAGCACUUCUUAGGAGGAUGAACAAGAAUGGGCUUCUUGAUGAAUCCCAGAACAAGCUCGACUACGUUCUUGCUUUGACUGUUGAGAACUUCCUCGAACGCCGUCUCCAGACUCUUGUCUUCAAGUCCGGUAUGGCCAAGUCAAUUCACCAUGCUCGUGUCCUCAUCCGACAAAGGCACAUCAGGGUUGGGAGGCAGCUGGUGAACAUUCCAUCGUUCAUGGUGAAAGUAGACUCGCAGAAACACAUUGACUUUUCUCUGACCAGUCCAUUUGGUGGUGGUCGACCUGGAAGAGUGAAGAGAAGGAACGAGAGAGCUGGAGCUAAGAAAGCUGGUGGUGGUGGUGGAGAGGAGGAUGACGAAGAGUGAAAACUACCAAACCUUAGAAGCCCCUUUGUCAGAUAAAAAAGAUAACUACUUAAAUCUACUAAGAUGCUGUAAAAUAAAUAAUCUCCUGCUCUUCUAGUUUUGUGUGUGUGUGUGUUUGAACAAUGAUGCUACUUUCGGAUCUUGCUUCUUACAAGAUAGUAGUAAUAGUAAAAUAUUUUGUUCGAUGU